AUGUCCUUAUCACUUAGCUAUAGCUAUUGCCAAAGAUGUUGCUCAACAUAUAAAUGUAUAUAUUUCUGAACAAUCUAAAUUAGAAAAUGAAGAUGCUGAACCAAAAAAAUAUUUGAAUACUGUCACACUAUAUACUGAAGCAAUUAACAAGUUACCGUCUGUCUGUCAUUCUUUCCUGGAAGAAAUUGUCAUGAAAGAAAAUUAUGAAUCCUUAUCAUCAGCAACAUAUUCAGCUUCUGUAUUUGCUAUAAAAAAUAAACGAAGGAAAAUGGAAGAUCGGCAUGUUAUUCACCAUGAUCUUAAUGCCUUGUUAAAUUUGAAGGAUGUACCCAUUCAUAGUUAUUAUGCUGUGUUUGAUGGGCACUCUGGAAUUGAUGCUGCUAGUUAUGCUUCAGCCCAUCUUCAUGUGAAUAUUGCAAAACAUCCUGCCUUCCUCACAGACACUCCUAAAGCAAUAGCUGAGGCUUACAGAAUUACAGAUGAAAAUUUUUUAAAAACAUGUAGUAAAGAGAACAUAAAAAGUGGCUGCACUGCUGUCUGUGCCUUAAUCAGAGAAAAAACUAUUUAUCUCUCUUGGCUAGGGGACUCUCAAGCUGUGCUGGUCAGGAAGGGCAAGCCUUCAAUAAUUACAGAGCCUCAUAAACCAGAGAGACAGGAUGAAAGGGAAAGAAUUGAAAGUCUUGGUGGUCAUAUUACACACAUGGGAACAUGGAGAGUAAAUGGAAUUUUAGCUGUCACAAGAGCCUUAGGUGAUCCAGAUCAUAAACCUUUCAUCAGUAAUGAACCAGAUGUGUAUGCUUUAAAUCUGGAUGGCAGUGAAGAUUUUUUGAUUUUGGCAUGUGAUGGCUUAUGGGAUGGAAUAUCACCAGAUGAUGUUGCAUCUGCUUUGUAUAAUGAUCUAUGCACGAGUACUACUGGUGACUCACUAGAUACCACUGCUGCUAAUUUAGUACAUAAAUCAAAACUGCAAGGUUCUGAAGAUAACAUUACUGCUGUUGUUAUCUUUCUGAGGGAUAUUGAAAAAAUCAAAGAAGAUUGUGUAAAUUUUAUGCCCGAUGGAAAUAAAAUAAAUUUAGCAAAGUAUGAACAUCUUUGUUUGAAUGGAGAACAAAAAGAAUGUUUUGUUGAAGAUGUCUCAGGUGCCUCUUUUAUGAAACCAACUGUGCUGGAAUUAAACUCAGCGUCAUCAAAAAAGUUAAAAAAUACAGCUAAUAUUUUAAGUUCAGCAGGCAUAGGAAAUGUGUCUUAUUCAUAUCAGUAUGAAGGAAAUGCUACAGAAGGUAAAUUUCUUGAAAAUGUAGAUUUUGCUACAGAUGACACAGAACAAAAUAUUUUUAUACCUAAUCAAAAUGUAGCUUCUUGCUUUGCUCCUGAAGCUACAGCCCUUAGUGAGCUUCCUACGCCACCUAUAGAUGAUUUCCUAGCAUCGCAGCAAUUUGAAAAGUUUAGUGCUGUAGAUUUGUACCAAGGCCUUAAUACUGCUGCAGCACAAUCAAGUACUGAUCCAUUUGGAAUCUGCAGUGAAAAUCCAAAAGAGGAUGAAUCGGCAUUAAUGGAAUUGCAUUCUGUUCCUUUAAAUACUGGCUCUUCACCUAAUCAGCUUAUUGAUUUAGCUGAGAACGAAGCUUCUAGAGAAGAUUUAUUUAAGAAUGAAACUCUCGAGUCUCGCAGUAAUGAACCUACACAAGGCAAUAUAACUCCUGAUGAAGCUGUAGGAAUUGCUUCUUGCGUUGUUUCAGAUGCUAUUCAAACUGCUGUAAAGUGUUUGUCAUCAAAUGAUUUACCUACUCCUCCUUCCCCUCCUGUUUUAACCAGCUCAAAAUUAAAUCCUUAUGCUGAACCUUUUGUGAUGAAAUCUUUUCAAAAGGAAGAAACAGAGUUUCAGGAUAAAACUAAUGUAACUAAUAAUAAUUUAGAAUCUGAAAGUACACAUCUCUUACUGGACAACUUAAAAAAUCCUUCUGAAAAUAAUGAAUUGCUGAAAAACUCUGAAACAUCUCAAAAUAUGGAUUCUUGUGUACCUGCGAAUAUAAGUGACAGUUUUUCAAACAUAAGCCCUGAAACAUCUGUCCCAUCAGAACAAAGCCUUACAAACCUCAAGAAAGAAAAAGAUGAGACAAAAUCUUUUAUAGAUAAUAAUGAAUUUCAAAGUAGUCAUUUAAUCUCUGCAUGUAUUUCACAAGAUUUAAACAAAUCAGAAAGUGAAGUUACUGAUAAAUCAAUAACUCACACAGUGUGUGUUGAAAAUAUUCAAAAUAAUGAAUUAUUUGUUGCAGAAGUUGACAGUUCUUGUAUAACUACAAUUCAUAAAGAUGUUCCAGAACAAGUAACAGCCAUUCAGAACAAGUUAUUGAAGAGUUCAUCUGUUCAUGAUUCCCAUAGUGAAGCACCAAUAGAAAAAAUUCAGCCUACUUUUGAAGAAACUAAUCAAGAAAUAACUGUAUGCUAUACAGAACAAAACUGCAAAUUGAUAAAUUUAGCUGAUAGUAAAGCAAAUGAAGUGGAUUGUAAUGAAACAAAUAGUGAAUGCUUGUUCCAGAAUCCUGAAAAAUGUGAAACAGAUCUGUUGGAUGAAGUUUUGCAAAAAGAGGCUUGUGAAACCCAGAUUUCUGAAGGGCAUGAAAGUAUAACCUCUGAAAGUGUAAAUUCUAACGCAGAAAAUGAUGAAACAGAUCUGUUGGAUGAAGUUUUGCAAAAAGAGGCUUGUGAAACCCAGAUUUCUGAAGGGCAUGAAAGUAUAACCUCUGAAAGUGUAAAUUCUAAUGCAGAAAAUUUAGAUCAUUCUGUUGCAAAGACAGCAGAAGCUAAUGAAGCUGAACUUUUAUCAAAAAGUUUAAAUCAAGAACCUGUUUCACUCAUUACUGUGCAAGAGGUAAUAUUAAGAUCAACAGAAGCUGUAUUACCAUCUGAUCAAGCUGUAGAAGAUACUCAAGUUGAAAACUUUGCUGUUGAUUUACAAACAGUGCCAGUUGGUGUUCCUGAGGCUGAAGGUGUUACAGAGGAUAUUGAUUCAGAUUCCGAAAAAGAUGGUGGGUGGAGUUAUAUGAAGGGAAAUGCAGAAAGCAGCUGUAAAUCUAAAAUCAGUGUGCAUGAAUCUAAAGUUAAUAAAUCUGUUGAUAAAAAGUCUGAUACUAGCUCUCGAAUGAAAAAAGAUAUGGUAAAAUCUCUUGUAGACCCAAAAAAUAAAACAAAAACUGUUAUACCAUUAGAUAAAACUAAAAAACUUGUACCAGAAAGACCACUAAAAAACCUUCCCGAUUCUAAGGAUAGAAGUAAACUUGUCAAAUCAUCAACUUUAACUACUACGGGAAAAAUUAAUGCAGAUAAGGGAAGUCGAACAACUUCAACUGCUUCAAGAAUUAGAAAAGAAACGGCUCCCGUUACUGCUAAAGCAUCAUCAGAUGUUGUCCUCAAAGUCUCUAAGCCUACAGUCCAAAGAAAUCAAAUUUCACUUAGCAAACCUGCAAGCAAUUUGACUUCUACUCGCAGCUCAGCCUUAUCUAGUGGUGUUAGUUCUAAACCAAAAUCUGCACUUUCUGGCAGUGAAGCUAAAUCAAAUCUUAAGCCUGCUGCAUCCUCUACUGUGCCUAAAGGGCUGCCUUCUACUCAAAGUAAUAAAUCAAAUCUUACUUCUACUCGCUCUACAUCAAAUCGUUCUGUGACGUCUUCUGUUCCUAAUAAAGUCUCAGUUACAACAAAGAUAAUGGUUGCAUCAAAAUCAACACUUCCUGAACCAAAAACAAAACAGCCUGUAUUUUCUGUCAGGAAAACUGUUUCAUCUGCCUUCAAGAAGCCUGAUAUUAAAGAAACCAAAGAUAAUGUGAAUAAACAGAUUUUAGCUGGAAAAAGUGUACCUAUACGAAGUCAGAAUAAAGCAGAUCCUACAGCUAAUUCUUCCAAAUCCACCAUACCUGUUGGCAGCAAACCCGUUGUUGCCAAAACACGUACUGCUGUUUCUGUUAAAAGUGAUAUAGGCAAGAAAGAUGGGCCAAAAAUUCCAGCAUCUAAAAUUUCUGCUAGAAGUGUAACUUCUAAAACAUCCAAAGAUAUCACCAAAGAGAAAAACAAAAAGUCUGUUCUUGUUAAUCGUAGAGUUGAAGAGAAAAUCGAGUUAAGCAGUGAGAGUAAAAGUGAAGGAAAUAUUGAAGCUGCAUGUAUAUCUGAAGAAGAAAAGUUUAUUCUUGAAGCCAAUGAUAAGGAAACAGUUGUUAAAGAACAGAGUGAAACUUUUUCUGAUAUGACACAAAACCAGUGCUUUUUGGAAAAUGGUAGUGUUGAAUGUAUGAAGACUAUUGAAGAUAAUCAGACUGUGGUGGAAUGUGCAUCAGAAAACAUAUUAUAAAUUUCUGUAUCUUCCAAAAUUGUGCUUCAAAAUUUUUCUAGUCUCCAAUUUGAUCUCUGAAUCAAGCAUAAAAAGUAUACAAGCACACUUUUUUUUUUUUAACUUUGUGCUUAAUUUUCUAUUGAAUGUUUUACCUACAUUAAUAUUAUCUGACUAUUAUUAUCUGUUAAGAAUAGUCACUGCAUUUAGUGUUGCAUUGCUAUGAUUAUUUCGAUUUGGCAAGAGAGAAAAUUUGUAAUUUGUUUUGCAUAGAAAAAGUGUAAAUAUAUAGAACUCCAAAAGAAAAUUGAGAACUCCAUUUAUAACUGCUUUUUAAAUUUAAUCAAAGGGCAGGAUAAGAAAAAGGGUUUUCUGUGAAUUCUAUAUUCACUUAUAUAGUGGCAUUUCUAUAAUAAAUUUUAUGUAUGAAUUCUACAUCAUUGAAAUUAAAAGUAAUGAUUUCUUAUAUGAAAUGUGAUUGGCAGCUAUAUGUAGUAACUGUUGUUACCAAUAUUGGUAUAUUUUCUUUAAUUUUUUUUUUUUUUUUUUUUUUUUUUGGGUUAAAUAUUAAAUUUGUCUGUUCAGGCUAACAUGCAUGGUAAUGUAUUGCAUUUUUUUUUCUACUGGUUGCUAUUAACUAUCAUAUUAAAUUUUAAUUUUGUCACUGUUAGUUUCUACUUAUUUGUGUGUAAAGAUUUAAAAAAGUAUAGUGUGACACAUAUUUAAUAGUUUUAUGGCAGUGCUUUAAUUUUAGAUGUAUUUCAUCAUACUUUUAUUUGACAAUUGAAUUUUAUUUAUUGUAUCAUUUGUGAUUAUUAAUAUUGGAUUCAUAUCUUUUCUAAUUUGUAUCUGAGAAACAGAAUUUUCCUUAAUUAAAUGAAAUUAUAUUUUAAUUAAUAUGUAUAUUUAUGUGUUUGUAAUGCUAUUUAUUGAGCUAUUGUUAGUUUAAGAAAUAUUUUGUCUAGUUAUUUUCCAUUAAAAUCUCGUGUUUGACUUUAAAUUUAGAUUUAUAAUGCUUGCUCUAAGUGUUAAAAGUAAUUUUUCCUUAAAUAAAUUGUUAGCUAAUUUUGUUUUUCACAGGACAUUUUAAUCCAUAAGAAUUUUAUCUGAAUUAUUUUUAUAAUCUGUAAUUAGUGUUACAUAGCUGCCAACUCUUCAGGUUUUAUCGGGAGACUACUAAGUUUUCAUUAAAUUUUAUUGGAUCUGAAUUGUCUUAAUUUACUCUAGCUAUCUGUAGAAUAUUUUAUAAAGAUUCAGAAAAUGUUUAAUCUGUUAAUAUUUGUAUUUAAUUUUGUUUUACAAUCAGUAUUGAUUCAUUACUAAUUUUAUAUCCACACAAUAGUAUGUAAAUUAAUUAUUAAUUUCAUCAUGCAGGUACAUUGAAAAAUAACAGCUUUACUUACCUACUUGGGAUUUUUUUCAGUAUUCAAGAUAAAAUUAGCCAAAGAAUUUGAAUGUGUAGAAUUAGUAUAUUUUACAUCAGAAUCAUAUUCAGUUACCUGAAUUAUACAUUAUGAAGUAAAUUUAAAUCAGGAAUUUCUUUAAAUGGUGUUGCCAUGCAGCACAAAAACCUCACAAUUUUUCAUAUUUCAAGAUUGGCAGCUAUAAUGUUAUAUUGGGUAUAUAUAAAUUUUAUAGAAUUUAAAAAAAUUAAUAUAUUUCCUUUUUAUAUUUUAAGAAUUAUGUGUAUAUAAUGUUUUGCAUUUCUGGAGUCUUAGUGCAUAUUAAAAAUUUUAAAAGUUUGAAAGUGAGCUUUAUUUUCUACUAACGUAUACAGUCAAAAGUCUAAUCCGAAUGUCCAUAAUCCGGACUUCAAAGCUGCAAACUUUUUGCACAUGCGUCAACGCAUAUGUUAAGUCAAUGCAUAAUGCGUUAAGGCAUGCACAUAAUAACUUUACGCAUGCGCAUAUGCGUAUAGGCAUGCGCGUUUAAUAUAUAACGGACGUCUAUAAGCUAAGCUACACUUAUCUAUUUCAGUUAACAUUGCAGAUUGCGUUCUUCCUUAAUCCUCGAAUUGGAUCCGGUUUAUUGUUUUUUGCAGACUGUUAGAGCAAUUUUGUAAAGUAAGCUUAAACUUUCGAUUAUAUCAA